AUGCCACUGGAAAGAAAAGUAAUAUUUCCUUGCUAUAAUUUAUGCUUUCCAGGAAUCUAUAGAAUUGUCAUAAUGAAUGGUAGAUGGAUUGUACAGGUAAUCGAAGCAAUUAAGCUGCAGCAAACAAAUGAAAUUUCAAUAAGCUUGCCAAGGCCGUAUAUCUUCCCUCAUUGCUUCGAUUACUUGAAAAUAACUUGGACUAAUUUAUCAUGUCCAGUCCAGGAUUUAGAAUUCAAAAUGCGUGUUUUUGCUGUUCCGGAAGGAUACAGUUUUGAGCAGUCAUACUAUAUGGAAGAAUACGAUAUCGAGUUAUCACAGCAAGCACUCGAACUGCCAUGUUAUCAGUUCGAUAUCAUCCAUGCGCAAUUCUGCUUCGAAAUUGUAUCAGUGCAUAAAUUCACCGCACGUUUUAAUGAAUGGGCACGACGAUGCGUCUACACUGAAAAUUGUUAG